AUGGAGUCCAGGAUGGAGCAGAAGGUCUUAGACUCGAGAAUUCCUGCCCUCAUCCGGAAUGGAAUUCAAGAGAAGCGCCGGAGCUUUUUUGUCGUCAUUGGAGACAACUCCAAAGACAUGAUCACCAAGCUGCACUUCAUAGCAACACAGCAGAACCUGAAGCAGAACAAGUCGGUACUAUGGGCGUACAAGAGCAAGCUGCUUGGUUUCACUAGUCACCGAAAGAAGCGCGAGAACAAGAUCAAGAAGGAGAUCAAACGCGGCAUCCGUGAGGCCAAUACCGAUGAUGCUUUCGAACUAUUCGUCACUCUCAACGACAUCAGAUAUUGUUAUUACAAGGAGACCGAAAAGAUAUUAGGUCAAACCUUUGGCAUGUGUGUUUUACAGGACUUCGAAGCUAUCACACCGAACACUCUUGCGCGCACAAUCGAGACGGUGGAAGGUGGUGGCCUAGUGGUCUUGUUGCUAAAGGGUCUUCAAAGUCUCAAGCAGCUCUACACACUUUCUAUGGAUGUCCACUCGAGAUACCGCACCGAAGCCCAUGACGACGUUACCGCGCGAUUCACCGAGCGCUUCAUCUUGUCGCUAGGAAGCUGUGAGAGUUGUCUCGUCAUCGAUGAUGAGUUCAACGUCCUGCCCAUUUCCGGCGCCAAGGGGGUAACCGCACUUCCUGCUCCCGAUCCAGACAAAUCAAAGACCGAGGCCCAGAAGGAGCUAGAAGCUAUCAAGGGAUCGCUUCAAGAUACACGCCCCGUCGGAUCGCUCGUCACCCUGGCUCGGACCGUUGAUCAAGCAAAGGCGCUGUUGACCUUUGUUGAAGCCAUUGCCGAAAAGACUUUGCGGAAUACGGUUACCCUUACAGCAGCACGUGGAAGAGGUAAAUCAGCCGCCCUCGGAGUUGCAGUGGCAGCUGCUAUUGCUCAUGGAUACUCGAACAUCUUCAUAACCUCACCGUCUCCCGAGAACUUGAAGACUCUGUUCGAAUUCCUCUUCAAAGGCUUCGAUGCUUUAGGGUACUCAGACCAUGCCGACUACUCUAUCAUUCAGUCUACAAAUCCCGACUUUAAUAAAGCAAUCGUCCGUGUCAACGUUCACCGAUCCCACCGCCAGACCGUGCAGUAUAUCCGGCCCCAGGAUGCCCACGUCUUGGGCCAAGCUGAACUUCUAGUCAUCGAUGAAGCAGCAGCAAUCCCACUACCUCUGGUGCGAAAGCUGAUGGGGCCUUACCUCGUUUUUAUGGCCUCGACCAUCAAUGGCUACGAGGGCACGGGUCGUGCUCUGUCCUUGAAACUCAUUAAGUCUAUGAGAGAAUCAUCAAGAGCCGGGGCACCAACCAACGGCACCGAACUUGCUGACCGGUCAACUGGAAGAACUGCCAAAAUCCAGGAGGAGAGCCACCAAGGGGGACGCAAGCUAAGAGAGAUUACCCUUGCCGAGCCAAUCAGAUACUCCCAGGGCGAUCCUAUCGAGCGGUGGCUCAAUACUCUUCUGUGUUUAGACGCGACUCUGCCACGCUCCAAGAUAAACACGCAGGGUUGUCCGGACCCGUCUCAGUGUCAGCUGCUCAAAGUCAACCGUGACACCUUGUUCUCAUUCCAGUACGUCCGUCCAGUUUGCCGUCCUCAUUUUCCUCUGUCGCUCGCCAGGACGGCCUAUCGAGUGUUCUACACUUUGAGCACUGAUUUGCACUACGACCUACCGAAGUCAUCUGACAGCAAUAUGGUCGCUCUAUACGUGGCGAGUCAUUAUAAGAAUUCACCUGAUGAUCUACAAUUGAUGAGUGACGCUCCCGCUCACGAGCUAUUCGCCCUUACAGCUCCGAUUACUGAAGCUGGCCGGUUGCCGGAACCGCUUUGUGUCAUACAAGUUGCCCUGGAAGGUAAGAUCAGUCGACAGAGCGUUUUGAACAGUCUGAGCCGCGGCUCGCGACCUGCUGGCGACUUGAUUCCGUGGCUGGUCUCGCAACAAUUCCAAGAUGAAGAUUUCGCGUCACUGUCUGGAGCUAGAGUGGUACGCAUUGCCACGAAUCCAGAUUAUGCGGGCAUGGGUUACGGUUCGAAGGCACUCGAGCUUCUCACCGACUUCUACGAAGGCAGGUUCGCUAGUCUGUCCGAAGAUAGCGACCUUGGUGUUGAGGAGACGAUGGUCCGAGUCACGGAUGCCGAGUUGGCAGAUGCUUCUUUGCAAGAUGAGAUCAAGGUUCGCGACAUCAACAAAAUGCCGCCACUCUUCGCCAAGCUUUCCGAGGUGCGACCUGCGACUCUCGACUAUGUAGGUGUCAGCUAUGGGCUAACCCAGCCACUUCACAAAUUCUGGAAGAGAGCUGCGUUUGCGCCCGUAUAUCUGCGACAGACAGCGAACGAUUUGACUGGGGAGCAUACCUGUGUGAUGCUUCGACCGCUCGAGCGAAGCGACGACACGACGUGGCUAGGAGCGUAUGCAAACGACUUCCACUCUCGAUUCCUCUCGUUGCUGUCAUACCAGUUCCGGACGUUCGCGUCCAUCAUGGCGCUGAGCAUCGACGAGUCGGCGAACUCGGGGGCUCGACUUGACCCGUCAACCACGCCUCCGCCGCUCACCAAAGAGGUCUUGGACUCCCUCCUCAGCCCUUUUGAUAUGAAAAGGCUUGAUUCCUACUCCAACAACAUGCUCGACUACCAUGUUAUCCUCGAUCUCAUACCGGCGCUGGCAAAUCUCUAUUUCACUGGUCGGAUCAGGGGCGAUGUCAAGCUCACGGGUGUGCAGCAGGCGAUCCUGCUGGCGGUCGGGCUGCAGCGUAAGGAUAUGGAUGCGGUUGCAGAGGAGCUCUCGCUUCCGACGUCUCAGCUCCUGGCCAUGUUCAUCAAGAUCAUGAAGAAGAUGACGUCGCAUUUCGGGUCACUGAUCUCCGGGGCUAUUGAGGCGACCAUGCCCAAGGCGAAUGCCAUCGGCGUCACUGUCGAGAAUGCGAGCGGAGUACACGAUGACGAGAAGGUAGACACAAGGUUUGCCCCCCUGGAGACGGCAUUGCAGGAUGAGUUGGAGGAAGGCGGAGAUGAGGCACUGAAAGAACUGCGGCGGAAGCAAAGAGAGUUGAUCGACUCUCUGCCAUUGGACCAGUACGAGGUAGAGGGCGAUGCUCCCGGAUGGGUGGAUGCGGAGAAGCAGGUGCAGAAGGCCAGCAAGCACGGACAGUCUCGGACGGUUGUGAGCGUCAAAUCCAGCAAGUCCAAGAGGAAAGCCGGCGGGGCUACGGCGGCAGAGGUUUAUGAAGAAGCAUUUGCAGAUAAGCCACACAAGAAGGCCAAGAAGUCGAAGAAGAGCCACUGA